ACUUGUUUUCUUCCGAAGAGAAACUCACACAGUUGUUUUCACUGAGAGCUGAAAUGGAGCAGAGAAGAGCUGACCUAGACCAAGGUAACAUCUCCUGUUUAAUCUGUUUAGAUCCAGUGAUUGAGCCUUUGACUAUUCCCUGUGGACACAGCUACUGUAAGAACUGUAUUAAAGACCAGUGGGAGGGAGAAGAUGAGAGGAGGAUCUACAGCUGCCCUCAGUGCAGGAAAGAGUUCAUACCGAGGCCUGUAUUGGAUAUUGAGGAUAUGAAAACAGGCCUCCAGGCUGCUGCAGAUGAUAACUGCUAUGCUGGACCUGAGAAUCUCCAGGAGAACAUCUGCUCUCGUCAUGAUGAGAUAAUGAAGAUCUUCUGUCGUACUGAUCAGCAGUGUAUCUGUUAUCUCUGCACCACUGAUGAACAUAAAGGCCAUGAAACAGUCCCAGCUGCAGCAGAAAGGACUGAGAAGCAGAAGGAGCUCCAGGAGAGACGACAACAAAUCCAGCAGAGAAUCCAGGACCAGGAGAAAGAUGUGAAGCUGCUUCAACAGGAGGUGGAGGCCAUCAAUGGCUCUGCUGAUAAAGCAGUGGAGGACAAUGAGAAGAUCUUUACUGAUCUGAUCCAUCACAUCCAGAAAAGAAGCUCUGAUGUGAAGCAGCAGAUCAGAUCCCAGCAGGAAACUGAAGUGAGUCGAGUCAAAGAGCUUCAGGAGAAGCUGGAGGAGGAGAUCACUGAGCUGAAGAGGAAAGAUGCUGAGCUGGAGAAGCUCUCAAUCACAGAGGAUCACACCCAGUUUCUCCAGAACUACCCCUCACUGUCAGCACUCAGUGAGUCUACACACUCAGCCAGCAUCAAUAUUUGUCCUCUGAGAUACUUUGAGGAUGUGACAGCAGCUGUGUCAGAGCUCAGAGACAAACUGCAGGACAUCCUGAGAGACACAUGGACAAACAUCUCAGAAGCAGUCACUGAUGUGGAAGUUUUGCUCUCAGAACCAGAACCAAACACCAGAGCUGGAUUCCUAAAAUAUUCAAGAGAAAUCACUCUGGAUCCAAGCACAGCAAACAGUUUUCUGUUAUUAUCUGAUGGAAACAGAAAAGUAGCCAAAAUAGAAAACCAGCAGCCUUAUCCUGAUCAUCCAAACCGAUUUACUGUUUUGUUUCAGGUUUUGAGUAAAGAGAGUCUGGCUGGACGUUGUUACUGGGAGGUGGAGAGGAACGGGGGAGUUGAAAUAGCUGUUUCAUACAAAAAUAUUAGGAGAGAAGAAAGGAAAAGGGAGUGUGAGUUUGGAUUAAAUGACAAUUCGUGGACUUUAGAUUUAGUCUCAAAAUGUUUCAGAUUUUGGCACAACAGCAUUAAAACUCCAUUAUUUUGUCCAGUUUCCUCCAGAAUAGGAGUGUUUCUGGACCACAGAGCAGGUAUUCUGUCUUUCUACAGCGUCUCUGAAACCAUGACUCUCCUCCAUAGAGUCCAGACCACGUUCACUCAGCCUCUAUAUGCUGGGGUUGGGCUUUUUAAUGGAUCCUCUGCUGAGUUUGUUAAACUGAAAUAUUCAGACUUGUUCCAAGGUUCAGUUGUUUAAAAUAUGUAUUUCAUUUCCAGUUUCUUUCAGCCCCAUCAUUGUUGCUGAGAGCUACUGUAAUUCAGAGAUCAGCUUUCUUCAUGGAAAUACUUUAUCUUGUUUGCUGUUUUGUUGGUAUUCAAGUUUUUGGGGUGCUGCUAUUUCAUGUUUGUAUUCAGCUAUGGAGAUUAUCACUGCUUAACAUGAUUUUUAUUCACUAAACUAAUGACAUUUGCAUUAAUUGCUUUGUCAGACCAAAUGUUGCAAUACAAAUCUACUGUAUGUACUGAUGAAUUAAUGAUAAACAGCAAUUAUCAACAGCUCAUCAUCAAUUGGGAUAUUGCUCAUUUUGUUCUUAGACCAAGAUCAGAUUUUAGCCCAAACUUGUUGUAGAAAUAAAUACAUGUUAUUACUGUCUUUAUUUAUUUAUUUUUUCUGGGAUUACAUCCCUAAAAUGCUUUAUUAUGUCCAAAAAUCUGUAGUAAAUUUGUUUUUUUUUUGGAAACUUUUGAAAACGGUAAAAAUUCAGAAUUUGAUUGAAAUGUGAUGUGUGUUUUCCUUCCUAUAUUUACCUCAAUAAAAAC